AUGUUGGAGCCCGUCUUUACUCUCCUGCAUGUGGUAUUUGCUUUUAUUAAUUUUUCCAGAACAAAUGGAACAGCUUGUAGCCUACAGGGACAGCCCGCAUAUCCACAGAUAUGGAAGGAUGGAGAUAUUAUUGUUGGAGGAGCUUUAAACUUUCAUAGUAGUUGGGAAGGCACUGACUUAUCCUAUGAGGCCAUGCCACUUCCAAUAAAGUGUCUGAGCCUCGAUUUAAGAGUGCUCCAGCUUGCCCAGUCAUUGAUAUUUGCAGUAGAGGAGAUAAACAACAGUUCUUCUUUACUCCCAGACAUCUCUUUGGGAUACAAGAUCUAUGAUACAUGUAGUUCCGGAUUAAUGGGGGUGAAAAUUGCAAUGGAACUUGUAAACGGAAAUGAAAACGUAACUUUGGAUGAGGCUUGUACAAAGCCAGCACAGGUGCAAGCUAUAAUAGGCGAGGCAUACUCAUCAGUGUCUAUGGCUAUAGCAAAGAGUAUAGGGCCUUUUAGUGUCCCUCUAAUCAGUUACUUUUCUACCUGUGAGUGUCUUAGUGACAAAAGGAAAUACCCCUCAUUUCUGCGCACUAUUCCCAGUGAUUAUUUCCAGAGCAGAGCACUAGCAGAGAUGGUCAAAUACUUUGGUUGGACCUGGGUGGGAGCAUUAAGAAGAGAUGAUGACUAUGGUAACAACGGCAUGGCUACAUUUACUAAAAUUGCAGAGCAGUUGGGUAUCUGCUUGGAAUAUUCACUUCCAUAUUUUAGAACAUACUCAAAAGAAAGAGUGCUGAGAAUCAUUGACCAGAUUAAAGUCUCAACUUCACGUGUGAUUGUGGGAUUUUUCGACACCUGGGAUUUGGAGACUUUACUGCCUGUAUUUUUUGAGCACAACAUCACUGGAUAUCAGUGGGUGGGAACAGAGGCCUGGAUCGUUGACCCAGAGCUAGCCAUUUUGGACAAGAACAAUAUAUUCCAAGGAGCUAUAGGACUAGCUAUACCCAAAGCGAAGGUGACAGGUCUGGAGGAUUUCAUUCUGGAUGUAAAACCAUUGAAAUUUGUAGGCAGUGCUAUUUUCCCUGAAUUCUGGGAGGCUAUGUUUGACUGUAAAUAUACAAUGCAUAAUGAUUCAGAGGGUGUGCCAGUGUGCACAGGAGAGGAGAAGCUGUCUGAUGUGCAAAACACAUUCACUGACAUGUCGUUGAUGCCCUUUUUUAAUAAUGUGUAUAAAGGAGUUUAUGCCAUUGCACAUACUCUACACAAAAUUCUUGGCUGCAAUAAAACAUGUCCAACAAAGCAUCAGCCUGAUCCUCUCACAUUUUUAGACCACCUCAAAAAGGUAUAUUUCAAAACCAAAGAAGGGGAAGAAGUUUAUUUUGAUACGAAUGGUGAUCCUCCUGCAAAAUAUGAGAUAAUUAAUUGGCAAAUAAAUAAAGAGAAUCAAUAUGAAUUUGUGACUGUUGGACUGUAUGACUCUACUCUAGCUCAUCAUGAUCAUUUAGCAGUAAACAUCAGCACUAUAGUGUGGGCACAAAAUAAAAAUAAGGUACCUAUAUCUGUAUGCAGUAAGAACUGCCUUCCAGGUACAAGGAAGGCUGUACAGAAAGGAAAGCCUAUUUGUUGCUUUGACUGCAUACCAUGUGCUGAAGGAGAAAUCAGCAAUAUGACAGAUUCUAUUGAAUGUGAACAAUGCUCUCAAGAUUACUGGUCAAAUUCACAGAAAGAUGAAUGUGUAAAGAAGGAAGUUGAAUAUCUUUCCUUUGAAGAAAAUAUGGGAAUUUUGCUAACAGCUGUUUCUGUUAUUGGUGUUUUAUUAACAAUGGUAAUAUCAGUAAUAUUUUUUAAACAUAAAAAUUCCCCAAUUGUCAAAGCCAACAACUCUGAGCUGAGCUUCCUGCUACUCCUCUCUCUGACUCUGUGUUUCCUUUGUUCACUUACUUUCAUUGGUCAGCCCUCUGAGUGGUCCUGUAUACUCCGCCACACUGCGUUUGGGAUCACCUUUGUCCUCUGCAUAUCCUGUGUUUUGGGAAAAACCAUGGUAGUGUUAAUGGCCUUCAGGGCUACACUUCCAGGCAGUAAUGUAAUGAAAUGGUUUGGGCCUCCACAGCAAAGACUCAGUGUUCUUGUCUUCACUCUCAUACAGGCCCUUAUUUGUGUGCUUUGGUUAACCCUAUCCCCUCCUUUUCCUUUUAAAAAUCUAAAGAGCUACAAAGAAAAAAUUAUUUUAGAAUGCAAUUUGGGUUCUACUGUAGGGUUUUGGGCUGUGUUAGGUUAUAUAGGAUCGUUGGCUUUUUUAUGUUUUGUUUUAGCUUUUCUGGCUCGAAAGUUACCUGAUAAUUUCAAUGAAGCCAAAUUCAUCACAUUCAGCAUGCUCAUAUUCUGUGCAGUGUGGAUCACCUUUAUUCCAGCUUAUGUCAGCUCUCCUGGAAAAUUUACUGUAGCUGUAGAGAUAUUUGCCAUUUUGGCCUCAAGCUUUGGGUUACUGUUUUGUAUAUUUUUUCCAAAGUGUUAUAUCAUCAUACUCAAACCAGAAAAGAACACUAAAAAACAAAUGAUGAAUAAAGCACAAGUAAGGUGA